CCGAAAAUAUCCUUCUCCAUUCGAAAGCAAUUUCGGCGGGCAAAUUAAGAGAAAAGUGAACUUGAAAGGAAUAUUUUUGUUUGCCGUAUAUAUUUAUUUGUCCCAUAAACCUGAUUUAAUAGCCGGUUUUAAAAUGUAUGGAAUGCUGUUGGAGAGUGUCCAAUAUUUUGUCCAGUUGGAAUAUGGAGAAGAGAUUUGGCAAAAGGUACUACAACAGUCAGAAUGUAAAUACACGGUAUUUAAUACACAUCAAGUCUACCCGGAUCACAUAAUGGCUUCUCUGGCCUCAGCACUGGCCAAAAUCACAAAUAAGUCAUAUGAUAGCUUCAUGACGUUCUUCGGAAAAUGUUUUGUCCGAUUUUUCAGCAAUUAUGGCUACGAUGCAACAAUAAAAGCUACUGGAAGAUAUUUUACCGAUUUUCUCGAAAGUGUUGACAAUAUCCAUUCCCAGUUUAGAUUGUCCUAUCCAAAAAUGAAAAGUCCUUCUAUGUAUCUCACAGAAGUUGAUGAAAAAGGCUGUGUUUUAGUUUAUAGGAGUAUAAGGCGGGGCUUUACACAUUACGUGAUGGGACAGCUAGACGAAAUAUCAAAAGACAUUUAUAAUCUGGAUUUGGAGACUACAGUUCUUAGCACUGAACACAAGACUAUAACUGGAAGAAAUAUUACUAUUGUGACAUUCCGUUUAAAUUUUGAUAAUUCUCAAUAUAUUCUGUCUAAAAAGGCCGAAAACGCUGUCCACUUAGAAACAACCCGCCAUUUACCUCCCUUCUCCUGCGAUUUACUUUUACAGCUAUUCCCAUUUGCGAUCGUAUUCAAUCCGGCUUUGAUCAUUAUCGGAUGUGGGGAGAAAUUAGUUGAGGUUGCAGGUGGAAAGGAAAAACUUCUGGGUCAACCGGUAACGAAAUACUUCAAACUGAGGCGUCCGAAGGGAAUUAUAUUUACUUGGAAAAACACCUUCUACCUCAAGUCCGUGAUGUUUGAAAUAGAAGUUCUUAGAGUUGACUUAGUGCGAAGUAAUUCCGAUGAACUAAAUGAAGAAAGUGACAGUCUGGGUGAUAAACUGAGCAGCAGGGAAAUUGAAAUUGACGGGAAGAGUAUCUCGCCCUACGCGCUGAGGCGCGAUAGCCAGCCUGGACUAAGAAACAUUCUUUUAAAAGGCCAGAUGCUGUACCUAAAUGAUAUUAUUGGAAUCAUAUAUCUUUGCAGCCCUGUUAUAAAUGAUAUUAGCGAACUUCCCGAUCAAGGACUAUACUUGAAUGAUUUAAAUCCACACGGAUUAAGUAAGGAAAUGGUUUUAGCUGGCUGGCAGAACAAUUCCAAAUUGGAGCUAAUGUUCGACAAAGCAGAACAGAGAGCAACGGAACUGGAAAAUAACUACAGUCUCUUAAAUACUUGGAAGAACCGUGGGGAUGAUUUAUUGUACUCAAUGAUUCCGAAGCCCGUUGCCGAUCGACUUAGAGCUGGCUAUAGUUCUUUGAGCACAUGUGAGUCCUUUGAAUCUGUGACAGUGAUGUUCUGCGAAUUAGUUGGUUUUAAUUCAUCAACUGUAGAGGAUGCGAUGGAACUAGUCUCCACGAUGAAUGCCGUUUUUUCAUGUUUCGAUUCCCUGAUGGAUACGUUCAAUGUUUACAAGGUUGAAACAGUCGGCCAAAUUUAUAUGGCUGUAUGUGGGGCACCUGAUAGAAAUGAUAGUCACGCUCGGAACAUCACAGACGUGUCGCUUUGUAUGGUGAAACACGUGAAGCAGUUACAAAUUCCGUCGGGUACGAAAGUGGAAGUGAGAAUAGGAGUUCAUUCCGGGCCAGUGGUAGCAGGAGUAGUGGGAAUAAAAGUCCCAAGAUAUUGCUUCUUUGGCGAUACUGUCAACACUGCCUCAAGGAUGCAAUCCACGAGCGAACCUGGAAUGGUACACAUAUCAGAGUCAACUAAAAUGCUGUUAGACGAGGAGAAAUACAUUAUAAAGAAUCGUGGAAUAGUUCAACUAAAAGGAAAGGGAGCAGUUGAAACAUAUUGGGUGUUUGAAAAUACUCAUUUCAACGAUGCAGUGAUAUAGAUACAAAGUGAUAUGAAAUUAAAAAUAAUUUGUAUGUAUUUUAAAUACUUAAUAAUAUUUUACUUUCGAGCUAUAAAAUAUAGCAAUGAAGUUGUUUUCAUUGUAUUGACUAGUUGUAUAUACUUUUAGCUAAAUAAGGUAUUAAUAAAACAACCCUACUAAAUACA